AUUGAAAAACAGCUGCGUCAUAUAGUUUCACACCGACCAUUUGUGAAGCAACCGAACAAAGCAUCAGAAAUCGACGGCUCUCUUUUCUUUAUGUCGCUUCUGACAGCAUCGAUAUUUGCAUGUGUACACUGGAAAGAGUUGUUUUUCUUUAGAGGUGACGCAAAUGCUGUGCGCCGUCCUGGGUCAGUCCAGGAGUAGACGAGAAUAUUUGGUCAGAUAUUUGUCAUCCUCACGGGAAUGGGGGACAUGAAGACACCAGAUUUUGAUGACCUGCUGGCAGCAUUUGACAUUCCAGACAUUGACGCCAAAGAAGCAAUUCAGUCUGACACUGAUGGUAAUCAUAAUGAGCGCAGCGGUGUUGUUGGAAAGGAGAGAAGUGGAAGUCCAUGCCUAAGACCUCCAGAAAGCCCUGAGCCUGUUCCUUUAGCUCCUCAUAAUGACCCCUCCAUGGUCAGUGUGAUUGUAAAAAAUAGUGUACAUUCUGAUGACAAAAGUGAAGGAAAUGUAACUGGGGACAUUUCUGGUGCUGGUGCAUCACAUGAGUCUGCCCAGAAAGGUCCCAGCGAAGAUGGCCUGGUGCCUCCAGAUCCGUUCAUCUAUAAUGGACUCGACACUGUUUCAGAUGGGCCUACAGAACCCUCUCCACCACCAGCUCUAACUCAGAUGCAGCCCAAUGGGCAGCUUUGGUCUCUCUCCGCUCCUAGUGUUACUAGUCAUGACAACCAGUAUGGCACUUCUUCUAAACACCCUUCUAGCACUUUCUCCCCGCCUCAGUCUUUACCCCUGUCUGAUCCCCCCAUCCUAUCUUCACAUUUAAUUGGUCCAAACUUUUCUCCAAGAGUUGAUUGUGAGGAAGUACAACCAUUAAAUGGCACUUUGAGGGCAGGAGUCCGCCGACGCUUAUCUGAAGAUGAAGAAUCUGAACCAGACCUCGGUAGCCCUGCGCUUGUCAUACAGGAAAGCCCGGAUUCCCAGCUGUGCUCCACUCCCAAGGUACCACGCAUGCAGCGGUCUCCUUCAAGUGUGUUUCAGCCAUCCUCUCCCUCAUCCCCUUCCUUACCAGUUAGUAACACUCAAAUUGAGGAGCCAUCUGUCCAGAAUCCAACACUUCAGCAACACACCAGCAGCAUCAACCCAAAAUCUCUGACCUCCACAAAUGAUCUGCCAGUUGAAGAAAAAGACGUGGAGCACAUAAUCGAGGAGAGAGAUUCUCCUGAAAGCCCUGAGCCAGAAAUCCCUCAACCCCAUUCAUCUCUGCCAUCAAAUCAACAAGAAGCCAAUGAGCCAGAACAGAAGGUCAGAAGAGAAGAAGCCCCUCAAGAUCAAGUUGUUGACAUGAGCGUGAGUGUGCAGGAGAAGAGUGGUCUUCAACUAAAUACAGAGGAUGGUGGAGCUGAGGAGACAGAAAGGAAAUCCACCGAGCCUACUUUGGUAGAUUCACCCUCUGAAGAUGUCACCAAAUCCAGCACGAUCUCCUCCAAGCCUCUCAAAGUCAGAAUCAAGACUGUCAAAACGACUGCUGGAAACACACGUACUGUAUCUAAAGUGGCUCCCAAAGGAGGGAAGGGUCCUGGUGGCUCUAAAGUUCAAGCAGGGACCCAUAGGAUUCAGAGGUCUGGUGCUCAGGGUUCAAAUGUGACAAUGUUGCCAGUAUCCACCCUUCAGGAUGCCAGCACAGCUAUGCUAUUUGCAGCCAGCAAGGCACAGAAUCAAAUGGCCGCCAGUCUUUCCACCACUGCAGUCAAGAUCACCAGAAUGUCAACCCUCCCUUCCAUCUCCUCUUCAUCCAUGCCUGGGGUUCGCUCUUUGGGGAAGAAAACGAUGAAUGGGAAUCCUGGGACAGCCAAACCAGCCUCCAUUGUAAACAGCCCGGGAGCUGUGAUCUCACGCAGCCAGUCUAGCCUCGUUGAGGCCUUCAACAAAAUCCUAAACAGUAAGAAUCCACUGCCAAGUUAUCAGCCAGACCUCUCCAUCCCUCCUCCCCCAGAAUGGGGUCUUCGAUUGCCCUCAAUGGGAUACCGUUGCCUUGAAUGCGGGGAUGCGUUUGCUCUGGAGCGCAGCCUGGCGAGACACUAUGAUCGGCGCUCUAUGAGGAUCGAGGUGUCCUGUAACCACUGCUCCAAACGCCUGGCUUUCUUUAAUAAGUGCAGCCUGCUGCUCCAUGCACGAGAGCACAAGGAUAAGGGGCUGGUUAUGCAGUGCUCACACCUCGUCAUGAGUCCUGUCAGUGUGGAGCAGAUGAUUGGCCAGCAGGAUACCGUGCCUAUAGGUGUGCUCUCUCCAGCUGCCUCCGCUCUGUCUGCCAUUAAAGAAAGUGGUGUCCAUCUGGCACAAUCUUCUGAUAACAGCUGUCCAGAGUGUUGGAGUCUGUUCAAAGGGAAGGCAGAAAUAGUAGUACACUUUCAAGAGGUGGAGCCUGGUGGCACUGAAGCGUGUUGUAUGCAGUGUUCUCCUCCGAUGCCGUUGUGGAACUCGUGUAGUGCUGCGGCUCACCGCCGGUUGCAUCAGCAGCUCCCUCCGCUGGUUUGCCCUGAAUGUGGUGUCAUCUGUCAGUUUCACGACCUCAACACUCAUCUGAAUCAUACCUGCCUGCACUACUCACGGCGCCUUGGAUAUAGAUGUGCCUGUUGUCAUUUGGUGUUUGGAGGAAUGAAUAGUUUGAAUUCUGUGAAGACUCACAUGCAGACGGCUCACUGUGAGGUCUUCCAUAAAUGCCCCUCCUGCCCCAUGGCUUUCAAAUCUUCCUCUGGUGCUGAAGCCCACUGCGCCUCCCAGCAUCCUGAACUUCAUGAGACAGCAAGGCAGUCCAAGGAGAUCUAUAAAUGUGUGAUGUGUCGGACUGUUUUUACCCAAAAAGCAUUGCUCAGCGUCCAUAUUGACACUCACUUAGCCAAGCAGAAGAUGCACGUCUUUAAAUGUCCCGAAUGUAACAAGCUGUUCACGCAGAGAAGUUCCCUUCUUCAGCAUGUUAAGGACUCUCACAGAGACUUUAGCAUUUAUGACACAUCAGCACAGAACAACUUGGUAAAGAUGGACAGCUCUGAUGGGGAGGAGUGGGGACGUGAUGAAGACAAGGACAGAGGAAGAAUGGCGAGAGAGGAUGGGAACUCUGCUACCCAGAGUUGGAGUUGCUCGCAGUGCAAGAUGCACUACACAGACAAGGAGAUCUACAUCACCCACAUGUCUGAGCAGCACGGCAAGGAACUGAAGAAGUUUCCAUGCACUCUUUGUGAAGGUUCCUUCUCUUCAUCCUCAAGUUUAAGACGCCAUAUUCGUGUCAAGCACAAAGGCAUCAAAAGAGCAUUUUAUUGUCAACUCUGUACAGGUGGGAAGAGGAGCUUCAGCAGUAAACUGAUUCUUGAGAAACAUAUUCAGGCUCAGCAUGGAGGAGGAGCAGCCAAGGAGGCAGUUCCUCGUAUCACAGAUGCAGCUGACAGCUCAUCUGAGCAUGAUGGUGGUCCUGGCACUUUGGGAGGCGGGGCCUCAGUUGAAGCAGAAAGCCGAUUGGCUGAGAGUAGCCUGACCAGACCUGGCAGAGGAGCUGCAGCUGAGGAGCAGGAAGCCACAGGAUUCCACUGUAUGCCAUGUGGUUUUACAACAGAGGACAGGGAGGAGUUUCUCCAGCAUAUUGUUUGUCACCGUGACGGGGCCAGCAGCUUUCAGUGUCAGCAGUGUGGGGCGUGUUUUGCGUCCUCCUCCUCCCUCAGCAGGCAUCUCUUCAUCAGCCAUCGCGUGCGGGAUUCCCCCUCCGAGCAUGCUGAGGCGUCUCCUGUCACUGGUUCAAAUUCUGUGACCUCUGACUCUGCAGUUGCAGCAGGGUCCCCAGGGUCACCCUCGAGUUUAGGGGGGACACAGGUGGAGGAUGGGGAAGGUAAGCACACCUGUAAGGUGUGUGGACGUUACUUUAGCAAACCUGCUGAUCUUAAUACACACUUCAGAACUCACGGCAUGGCCUUUAUCAGCGCAUACAAAACAGACAAACCAGCUUAGAGAGACAGGAAAGGGUGAAAAACAUGAAACCUGUCAAGAACAUGUCGCCCCAAAAUCAACAUCAAGAAUAAGAAAUUGUUUUCCUUAAAGAAAAUGAAGCAUAAUUUUAGGACCUUUAAGAUUUUUUGUGAUAUUUAUUGUAUUUUGUGGCAUUUCAUUUGUAAUUAAGCACACCAAUUCUCAUAAUUGUAAUGCUAAAAAAAUUAUUUAAUUGAUACAUUUUUAACAUUUAUUUCUAUAAUUUAUAGCCCUUUAUGCUGAUUUAAAUAAUAAGAUUAAAGCAUCACAAUAACAAAUAACAGACCAAUAACGCAAUAACAAAUUACUGUAUUACAGUAAUGAAUAUCUAAUUGCAGAAAAUCUCAAAAGUAAAAUGCCAAGAUUAAGAUAAAGACAGUUUUGGUGAGAAAAUGUACUUAAUUGUUAUAUUUAAUUGAAUUAAAGUAGAUUUCAAUUUUGUAAUGCAAAAUAUAAUAUCUUGGAUUUUUUUUUCUUGGAUUUUUGGGGUGUUUUUUUGUGACAUUCAGCAUAAAGUGUGUAUGUAAUUCAAAGUCUGCAGAUUAUAAAUAUUUGGGUUUGUCACAAGCUUUUAACACUCCACGUUCUCACCUAAAAACUAGAGAAAUACACUUCAUCAGGGCAAAACAUGUAUGUAAAAACAUAACUCUGCUAGACUAGUUUUGUAAAAUCACAGUAGAUGAGACAAAUAAUGCUAUAGAGGAAUGAUUAGGUUUGAUCAACCUAAAAAGUGUUUGCAACUUGCUCUUAAUUGAUCUGAGAGUUUGAGACACUGAGCAUCAUGUUCUUAACAUAUACAGAGUGUCAUACACACGUUUACCAGCCCUGCUAAAUUCCUGUGCCUACUGAUUCCAUUGUGCAAACAAACAGCUGUACAGUCCAUUUUCUCUAAUGCAAAAUGCAGCUGCUUGUUGAUAAAAAUACUGUAAUUACUAACAGUUUAGCACAGCCAAAUGCUCCUGAAUCAGGUGACUCCUUUGUGCUUGAAUUAUUUUUGUGUUUAAUGUUUGUAUUUCUUCUAUUUGUUUCCACAGAGGCAUUAAAAUCAGGAAAGUUGCUGAAUAGUUGCUGAUCUUUAGAAUGAGAACAAAAUAAGUGCCUUCUUCAUUUAGUACAAGAUGCAUUAUGUCAAGAUUACUGUUAAAGGCUGCAGAUUAUUUGUUUCCUGACUGGGAGAAAUCUCUGUUGUGUGUGUGAUGGAGAGUUGAAAAUAUUAUUUUUAUGUUUAUGCUGGAAUUGUUUUAUUGGUGCCUUACAUAUCUUGUCUCCUGGUUUUCUUUUUAAAAAUUAAUAUAGCUUUGUUUUACUGUAACCUCCUGCAUUUAUUUUUGGGCUGUUUCAUAUUGAUUGUGUUGAGAUAAAUAAAAAAAACUGUAAUAGCUAAAUCACUACUGUAUGCCUUAUAAUGUACUGUAUGUACUCAUUUGACAAACCUAUCAAUAAUAAAAAUAUUAACAAUA